CAUCCACAAUUUAUAUAUACAUUAAACUUUUUCAUCUUUAAUUUAUAUUUGCUUUCUAAUAGCAAUAUAUAUAUUUAUAUUGUCUUUUAUAAAGAUCUUGCUACGCAGUUACGCAAUCUUCAUCUAUUGUAUUAGAUCUAAUACAUAAUAUUAUAGUGAACUAGAAAGUUUUAACAUACAAAAUUUUUUAAAACUUCCAUUAGAUCAGCAACUUAUUAUUAUACUCUUUGGAGGGAAGGAUAAUGUGUGAUAUACUAUCUCAUUCUUAUUCAACGCUUUAAUCUUUUAAGUUUCAUUACUACAAUUUAAUUUUAUACAUAACACUUUUUUGCAAGCAUAACAUAAUAAUCAUUAAUAAUGCCAGCUUUCACAAUAAAGGAACAGUUAGUGGAUUUUCCCAUUGCUCAAAUGGCUUUCAUCAGUAUCAUCAGAAUUGCUGAACCUAUUGCUUUCACAUCGAUGUUUCCUUAUAUUUAUUUCAUGAUCAAGCAUUUCGGAAUAACUGAUAAUGAUGCCGAUAUUGCUCGAUUUAGUGGAUAUUUAGCUUCAGCAUUUUCCUUUUGUCAAUUUUUAAGUUCAGUUCCAUGGGGUAAAGCCAGUGAUAAGUUUGGUCGUAAACCUGUUUUACUUGUGGGUUUAAGUGGAACUGCCAUAUCUAUGGUUAUUUUUGGUUUUAGUACUAAUUUUUAUCUGGCAUUAAUGGCAAGAAUGCUUAUGGGUUUACUUAAUGGUAAUGUCAGUGUCAUCAGAACAGUUAUUGGUGAAAUUGCUGUCGAACCAAGACAUCAGCCUCUUGCGUUCAGUUCCUUAACAUUAUUAUGGAGUGCAGGAUCUAUAAUGGGAAAUUGGUUAGGUGGAGUCUUAACAGAUACAAAAAAUUUACCAGAGGUGCUAAAUGAAGAUUAUAGUUCCAAAAAAAGAAGUGGAUUUAUUACCCAUUUAUUUAAAAGAAUAAGUGGUUCUACAGAAACUAAUACUUCAGAUGAAUUAGCUUUAUUUGAAAAAUAUCCUUUUGUGUUAUCCAACGUUGUCGUUGCAUGCAUCUUAUGUUGUAGUAUAAUAGCAGGAUGGUUAUUCUUCGAAGAAACUCAUGAAAUAAAAAAAUAUAAACGAGAUAUUGGAUUAGAGGUCGGUGAUUAUUUACGUCAUAAGCUUGGAUUUCAAGCACCUAUAAGACCAUGGCAAAAGUAUCAUCGUAUGUCCGAUAAUAGAGUUAUUGAUGACUUAUUUUAUGAAGAUAGCAGUGUAGAUGAUCAUAACGAUGAUGAAAUUUCUAAGAAACCUAAAAUUAAUGAAGAUAUUGAAUUGCAAUUAUAUGCUACUAUGGAUCCAGAUUCUGAAAUGGCAACAAAUACAGCAGCAGGUGCAAGUGAAGAAGAUAAACAAGAAGCAUUCACUCCUCCAGUUGUGAACUCUAUGAUUUCUAAUUUCAUUUUAUCAUUUCAUAACUUGGUUUAUGGUGAGUUCUUACCUGUAUUCUUAGCUGCAAAAGUUCAAGUUGCUGCAUUAAAGUUCCCACUUCAUAUUAAGGGUGGUUUUGGAUUCACAUCAGAUGCAAUUGGAAUUUUACUUUCAUUAACAGGUGUUGUGGGUAUUGGUGUUGUUCUUUUUAUCUUCCCUAUAAUUAACACUUACUUCAGUACCAUUAACGGAUAUAGGGUUGGAUUAUCUGUCUUCCCUAUUAUUUAUGUUAUACUUCCAUUAUUGAUUUUCACGUUACCAGAAUACAGUCUUAUGUUUAAAUCAAAAACAUUUACAGGUAUAGUCUUAUAUGCUAUGACAGGGUUAAACACAUUUGCAGGUUCAACUGCUUUCUCACAAAUCAUUAUUUUAAUCCAUAGAGCAUCUCCACGUCAACAUCGUGCUUUAAUUAAUGGAUCCACUAUGAGUAUUACUGCAUUAGCCAGAUGUGUGGCACCUUUAAUCUGGGGUUGGUUAAUGUCGAAAUUUGAUACCAUGGGUUAUAGUGGAUUAUCUUGGUGGACAUUGGCUGUAAUUUCCUUAGGUGGGUUAUUACAUUCCUUUGUCCUUGAAGAAUAUGAAGAAUAGAAAGUUACACUUCUUUUUCGAUUCUCAUGCUUGUAUUUUAAUUCGUUUGAUUUUUAUCAACUGUUUUAUUUAUUAUUUCCUACGUUAUUGCUAACUAUGCUAUUUAGUUCAUCUGUGUUUCCCACCCAUUUUCCACUUUCUGUUUAUGAAUAGAUUCAUAGAAAUAUUGUUGUGACAUUUUUGUCAAUUACAAUAUUACAUACAUAUAGUUUCAUACUUAUAAUCUAUAUAACCAAUUAUUAUUAUUAUUAUUAUUAUUAUUAUUAUUA